UUUGAAAGUCCGAAACGGCGGUGGGGAUUACCGAUAUAUAAACCCGGGCACGUUCUGCCACAAGCAUCACACAUCCAGUCGAUCCCAGUCAAUCUCAACAAUGGCAUUCAAGUUCGUCGCUCUCUUCGCCCUCGUGGCGGCCGCCAACGCCGGAGUUCUGGCCCCCGCCCCCCUGGCCUAUCACGCCGCCCCCGCUUACGGCUACGCCGCCCCCAUCGCCAAGGCCGUCGUAACCAAGACCGUCGACGCCGACUACGACCCCAACCCCCAGUACAGCUACUCCUACGACGUCCACGACUCGAUCACCGGAGACGCCAAGAGCCAGACCGAGACCAGGAACGGAGACGUCGUCCAGGGCAGCUACUCCCUGAUCGAGGCUGACGGAACCCGCCGCAUCGUCGACUACACCGCCGACCCCCACAACGGAUUCAACGCCGUCGUCCACAAGGAACCCGCAGCCGUCGCCGUCAAGGCCGUCGCCGCCCCCGUCGUCGCCAAGUACGCUGCCGCCCCCGUUGUGGCCAAGUACGCCGCCCCCGUCACCUACGCCGCCGCCCCCGUCGUAGCCAAGUACGCCGCCCCUGCUGCCUACGCCGCCCCCGUCGCCUACGCGGCCGCCCCCGUCGUCGCCAAAUACGCCGCCGCCCCCGUCGUCCACAAGUACGCCGCCGCCCCCGUCGCCUACGCCGCUGCCCCCGUCGUAGCCAAAUACGCCGCCCCCGCCGCCUACGCCGCCCCCGCCUACGGCUACUACCACUAAGCCGUUCACCAUUCGACGAACUAUUUAUUUCUAAUAAACUGAACAUUUGAAGAAACUUA